AUGGGAGAGAUCAGGUUAUCCUCUACUGGCUCUGACUCAAGGUCCUCUGACAAUGUGGAUGAACCAUCUGCAUCCAGCCAAGCUGCCGCAGGCGGGGCCCAAGGCCCCGAUGCGGAGCCAAAAACUCACUUCGAGUCCAUUGUCUCCGAGCUUUUUCAGGGCAAGGUCGUCUCAUGCGUGAGAUGCCUUGAAUGCAGACAGAUAUCCAGGACGUCAGAAGCCGUCUAUGAUAUCUCUGUACCAAUACCGAGUGCAAACGAAACUGCAACUUCUGUCGGCGACGGCUCGCCGCUGUCAUCCGUCGGCUCGUCACCCAGCCUGCAGAGACAAGGGUCUGGUGGGUUGCGGAGCUCGUCCUGGUCGGGUGUUUUGAAUUCUGUUGGUGGCAAGGUCAAAAGCUGGUUUUACGACAAAGGCGUACACCUGACCGACUGCCUUCGGAGGUACUGUGCUCCAGAAUACCUGGGCGGCAAGGACCAAUACUUCUGUGAGCGGUGCAAGCGAAAGAACGACUGCGAAAAGCGCAUGGUCUUCAAGGAGCUGCCUGAGGUUCUGUGUAUCCACCUCAAGCGCUUCAGAUUCGAUAACGCCUAUGGCUGGUUUAAUGGAUCCAAGAAUUCUCGCGUGGUUACCUUUCCUGUGACCACCACCCUGGACAUGGCACCCUUCAUGGAGGAAGUGCCGGCCCAGCCUAUAGAGUACAGGCUCAUUGGUCUCAUUCAGCACAUCGGCUCGAUGGGCGGUGGCCACUACAUCUCGUACUGCCAGCACAAGAGAAAACCUCAGGACUGGUACGAGUUCGAUGAUGUGCAAGUCACAUGCGUCACAUCUGAACAGGUUGAACGAGCGGAGCCUUAUGUGCUCUUCUACCAGCGUGUGCCAUCGAAAGCAGCCAAGCGCGAUAGACAGACCUUCAAGCAUGACAUGCGCAGCAUCCAGGAGCAGGUGAAUAGCUACCUGAUCUCGCAGUCGCAGUCCAGCUCCAGGCCUGGCAGAUCCAGCGAGGAUCUGCAGAGCCUGCAAGUUGCCACGGUGCCGCAGGCCGUUACAGAUGAAAUCCGGAAUCAAGGUCCGGCUCUGCGGAAUGUCUACCGGUUUCCCCCUCCGGAGUUGGACAUGGCCUUUGUGUCCAAGCACUGGUACGUUCGCCUCACCACGAUGAGCCAUCCUGGCCCGAUAGACAACUACCAGUACUUGUGUCCACAUGGAAUGCUAGGCUACUCCUCCGCUGAGAUGGCCGCAGAGCCUUUCUUCCCCAUCUCCAGAAAGCUCUCGCAGUCUUUGCUAGGUAAAUAUGGGGGUGGCCCCGAGAUUUCGAAUCUGGAUGUCUGCAGCAGGUGUCAGAGGCAUCUUGAUGCGUACAACCAGAGAAAGCAAGCAGAGUUUGACCUCGUGUCCAAGUAUGACACGAAGGAUACUGGAGAUGGACAGGGCUGGUAUCUUGUCAAUGUGCUUUGGGUGAACGAAUGGAAGCGGUAUGUCAGGGGCGAGCGGGUGCACAGCAUCCAGGACAUGUGCGCACCUGGGCCCAUAAGCCAAGCGCAUCUCUUCGACAAGGAAGACCCGCAAAAGCUUCGGAAGAAUCUGAGGCUGAAGCUGGACUACAUUGGCGUGAAUGCCCGCGUGUGGUCGCUUUUCAUGCACGUUCAUGGCGGUGGUCCUGCCAUUGUCCGAGACGAACUUGACAUGUACUCUAAGGAGCUGCCUGUGGAGGACCUCGUGCCCGAGGAGCUGUGCCCGCCAGGCAAUGACUUUGCAGUGCGAACCUCCAAGCAGUUCGUCGACGAGUGCCAUGGAGAUUUGGAGUUGUACAGACGCAAAUAUGGAGGAGGUGAUGACACCACCACCGCCACCACCGCCAGCCAAGUUGAUGCAAAUUGCGAGACAGGCAAGAACGAAGUCGGCGAAGAGUCGCCUUCGCACAGCUUGCAUGAGGACACACGGCCGGACGGGUCAGCAAGGUUCGCCACCGGGGCGGAGGAUGAAGACCUCCUGCCACUGGAGCACAGCGUCGAUGCGCCUGGAGAGAAUGCAUUGAUUGUGCAGGCUAGCUGA